AUGGAUCGACGGAAGGCCUCGACAAGGAUCCGGGUCCAUGCCGCAGAGGCCGUCGAUGUGGAUCGCGAUGCUCAUGGGAAGCCGGCGGACGAUGAAAGUGAAUUCAACGAGCAUCGGCAGCCUUCCGUCGAGAUAGCGGGAGAUCUCGAACCUUUCAUGGGCGUCAAGAUGAGGAGAUUGGCCUCUAUUCGCAGAGAAUGCCGGGGGGAUUACCUCGACGUCCGAUCUUAUUCCUAUCUUACGAAACUGCUCUCAAAACAAGGUACCAUCAAUUGAUUUCCCAUGUUCGUUUGUCCACUUAUUUGGACAAUGAUGCCACGAAAGCUUCAAGCAUUUCUCUUUAACGAAUUAAAUGGCAUAACUAGCCACCAAUUUUACUGUUAUUUUUACCCUGUUCGUUUAAAUGCAUAAAUCCUGGGUUUCUGUAUGAUUAUUGUUUGAGAGUGGUGUGGAGUCUAAAGACUUGAUUGAUCUCACAGUCAUUAUUUAAAAUCCGAGAAAAGGACACGUUGCAUUUUGUGACCGCUUGUGCUGAUUCCGUGUUCAGCGAUGACCAGAACUCUAGGGUCUCUGGAAAAUUGGGCUUAUAUGCUAAUCGGUUUUGAGAUAUCGAAGCAUGUUCAGAAAUUAUUUAUCCUAGUAUUUCGAACAAUGAGAUAAUGGGAAAUCUUUUCCUCUGCUACUCUAAACCCAAAUAUAAUAAAUAUGGGAAUAACUUGAAAUAUUGUUUCUCAAAAUGUACAUGAUUGCCAAAGUUGUCACUGUGGGGAGCAUAUGGCUGAACUUGGAUAGCAACAAAAAUAAAUAGAUCAUACUCCAUUAGACGCUAUAACAGCUGCUGCUGUAAUUCAAGGCAUCAUUUUUGUUGUUUGCAUCCAAUUAACUCUUCAUUUUUCAUGUACUGACUAAAACGUUUUGAGAACAUAAUUAUGGUUCGAAUAUGAUUUUUUUUAAUUAUUUCUUGUUGGCACAUUUUGUUUAGUUAUCAACACAUUUUCGACUUUCCAAGGAAUAUAAAAUUUCGUUCUUAACCGAAAGUUACCAAGAAUUAUUAUUCGUUUUGAGAAUAAAUGGACGGGCUCGCAUGAUUUUUGAUGCUUGGGCGCCAAUCUUGACCGCUAUUCAUUUGGAAAGCGUCUGGAUUCCCUCUUAACGCCAUAAACCUGUUUGAUUGGGGAGCCUACUCUAUGCCAACUCUUCUUUUGCCACACUAAUUCCCUCCAAGUUUGUUUUGGCUCAGUGCUGUUUUGGACUAUCCAUUCACUAUUUCGUCUUUUCCACACAGGUGACAAGAAAGUUCUUUUUGCUGACAAGGUUUUGAAGUUCACUGAGUCAGGGAAGAUGAAGCGACGUAUUCUUCUGAUCACUGAUUUUGCAAUCUAUCUUGUGGACCCGGAAACUGAGAGUCUUAAACGGCGGAUUGUGUUAUCCACUGUUGGCAAGUUAUGCUUGAGUGAAUUGAAUGAUAACUUCUUUGCAAUAAUUGUCCCAAGAGAGUAUGAUUGUCUAAUGGCUACCACUCGUAAAACAGAGAUUGUCACAGUGCUAAUUGAAGCAACGAAGACAAUGUCUGAGUAUGAACUUGUAGUAACCUUCUUAAACAGGUAAAUUUUCUAGUUCCAUAGCCUUUCCAGUUUCGCUUGAUUUACAUGUUACUAUUCUAGGUUUCUUUCUCGCUCAAAAGAGUUAGGCUCCACAUAUAUGAUAUUUGAUAAAUUAUCCAUUUCAUAUUGAAGAUGGAUGCAGAUCAUAUUAAGUAAGUAAAUAUUAGUUUGAAGGUGAUGGUGAUGGAAAUAGAGAAACACAGAACAAUGAGGACUGCUGAUGCGUCACGUUGGCCUGUGUUAAUAAGAAAGUCUUUGUUUGCCAUGUUGUCUGCAAAAUGAUGCCAUUGCUGCUCUGCUAUGUAAUCAGAAUGAUGCACAAGUUUCUCUCAGCAAUGUCUGUCGUGUUACUGCGCUGCUUAAUUGUCCCAAGAAUGAGUCACAUAAUUGUCACUGCGAGGCUAGCUACUUCCUACUGGUUCUCCCGCUCCCAUCUAAUGUUAUUCUUGUCUUCUCUUCCAACCUGUUUACCUUUCAUCACGCUUUGAUAUCUUCGAGGCAUUUGUGUAUUUGUUUACUUAACCUUUUCCUUCAUCCAGAGAAAAAAAACAGCCUAAAAAUCAUUGACCGUCUUUUCUGGAAGACUUAAAUGGAACUCUUGGCCUGUUUUUCUCUUAUUUGUGUCAGCCGGACGGCUCCAAUUCUUUUCUCCUAAAACAGUAUGUCUUUAUCAUUUUUCUAUCGCUGUUCCCUGUUCACUGUUGAAUCAAAAUUAUUCAAUGUGCUGGAAGGGGAGUACAGCAUUUUGAGAGGGAAAUGCUAAUCCUCUUCUCGGACUGUUGAAAGCUUAAGCUUUGAUGGCCUGCAAUGGCGAUACUGGGGAAAUUAUAUUUCAUGCGCCAGUUGUUCUUUCUUUAGGAUGACAUGACAAUUGAUAGUUCUAGGGUGAGCCCUAUCGUGAUGAGUUCGUUCCCCAACGUGAAGUCCAACUCUUCCAUUCCUCUGAUUUGAAGAUGGUAUUUUCCUCUUUCUCCCCCGUUCAAGUUCAUACCUGUUCUUUUCUGGACCAUGUUACUGACUACCCAUCGACAAGAUCACCAUCCCUUGCCCCCUAAAUUUUUCUCCUCUACUUUAAUCAUGUCAACCAGCGCGUUUGUUGUUUCUUCCCCUCCUACCGUCUUCUAUAGCCGGAAUACAAAAGUUCAGUCAAGCCUCCCUAGAACCCACCUAGUCAGAGCACUCAGCAUCAUUCAGCAACUCUGAUGGGUAUGCUUUUUGGCCAAUGACUAGGAACUGAAGCAUCAUUUUCAUUCCCUGUACUCCUGGACCCACUUUGACUUUUUCUCCAUUGUUAUAAUGUUUUCUUCAGCUCUUUUGCUAGCUCUGAAAAAAUUAGAUGAUAAUCAUUAGUCUCACAUAAUUCAAUCUUUAUAUUUUAUUACCAUGACGCAGAAUGACUAGCCAAUUUUCGCAAAUGUGUAGAUCUGUUCUAGAAUCUUGCCACAGUCGACCUCUGUUUAGCAUCUUGGGCAACUUUUUCUUAAAUUGGAUCCAGUCUUGAAGAACAUUCGUUAAGGAUUGUGGUGCAUUCUCCAUUUCCCUUGUUUUUAGUAAACUUUAUCGAAUUAGAUGCUACAUAUGGGGCUUAUGGAGGCAUACUCUUCAUCAGGCCUUUGUAUUGAUUAAUGCAGCCACAUAAUUUUACUUCUAUGUGAUUCUGUAGAAUGAAAUCUCUAUUUUAUUGUUAUGUAUUGCAUAUUUUGUCCUGGAUGCAGCUUCACUGAAUUUUAUUCUCUCUAUCCUUCCGUUGCCCUAAAAGUCAUGAAGUUUGAUGAUGAAAACAGAGAUAAUGCUGUCGCUAGAAAUCAAGCCUGGACCACAUUUUCAAACGUUCCUAGAUUUUUUUAGUCGUUUCGUUAAUUUUUUCUCCGUCUCUCUUUUAGGCGGCCUACCUAGACUGUUUAUGACAUGAACUUUUCCCUUUAAGCUACCUUGUUUUCCCCAGGAAGUCGUUUUGCGAGAUUUACCAGCCUUGUCGGUUGGCUUUACCUUGAAUAUUUCUGUCACGUUUUGUAGAUCUGCAAGUGAUUUUCCUUUCAGGUAACUCUCUAUAUAUACAAAAUAAUGUGGAAUUUUCCCCAUGCAUCUUCCCUGUUUUUGUCCCAAGAUUUGUGUACCUUAUGUUUUCAAGUGUUAACUGUUAUCUUUCGUCAUUCAACAUACAGAAGAAUAGAAAAUUACUAAUCUUUUAUGCAAAGUUAUCUCCGGUGAGGUUUUUUUUUUAGUCCAAAAGAAUUUUGGCCUAUAUAUGUCAAGCGACCCUUUUUUUUUUGUUGGAUUUUGACCCUUCAUGUAUAUAUGCUGAAGGUAUGAAGAUGGUCGUCCGCUGUGUAUGUUAGUAAUGACCUGCCAUGAAAUGGUUACUCGUCCUCUAAAUCCUCUGACACUUAUGUUGUUGGCCACUAUACAGGUUUGAGUACCAUGCAGCUUCUGAUGUGGUGAAAGAAGUUCAUUGUGAAGAGGUUGAUGGUAUGUGACGAAUAACUCAUAUUAAUGGGUAUCUAUCUGUGUGAGAGAGUAGUUUAUAAUUUUCCACGACAAUAUGGGACAGAUGAUGGUUCCGGGAGUCAUCUCAUGUGCCCGGUGGGUUUAAGCAGUAUGAAAAAUUAGGAAUAACAUCUGGAAAAUUAUACGAGUGCCCUCCUGUAUUGUUCUUUUUACUGAAGAGCCAAAGACUUUUUGUGGAUGAUAAGCAUGUUAGGAAUAUUUCGUGAAGUUUUAUGAUUGAUUUUCGCAGGAGGUGUCAGAACGAGGAUCCUGAGAAAAGGAGGUCAAUGA